AAUACUUAUAUAUAGUCGAGAUACUAUAGCACGAUUAAAAAUAUACCUUUAAAUAGAUUUUUCUUUAAUCGUGGAUUCUAUGAUUGCUGCUUGAUUAUGAUUUAAUGAUUAUUACCAUGAACUAUAACGUACAUUUCUCUUCUUGAUCAUUCAAAUAUUCAUAUAAAUAGGUAAUGUAUAAAAAUACGAUAAUUGUAAUAUUGUAUUAUAUGAUCCAAGUAUCUAACUUAUAAAGCAGAUCUUCUCGUCGUGUUUUUAAUGAAAUAACCUAAUUUAUAUCAUACCGGGACAGUAAAAUUGUGAUAUUUAAAUUUAGUGUCUUGGUGUAUUUUGAAAAACAGACAAAUUAAUUUACGAAAAUAAGCUUUAUGUAAAUAGUGGUUUACAUACAAUCUAAAUGGAUAAAACUAAAGAAGCUAUUGAAAAAUUAAGAAUUUCAAAUCCCAAUGAUGGAAUUUGUGAUUGCAAUGAUGUAAAAUGUAUAGGGUGCUUUUGGCCCUGUGAAUCAUGCGCAUCAAAUAAAUGUGGACACCAAUGCCGUAUCAAUCGAGAAUGGAAGUAUGAAGUAUGGGAAAGACAAGGAAGAAAUAAUAAAAUUAAUUUAUCCUAAUUAUGUAAAGUAUAACUAAAUAAUAGUUUCGUGCUGAAUUAGGCAUUUUUUAGGCUAUCGAUAAUUAACAGUUUUUAUGUUUGAUUAAUUAAAUAAAUCUAAGCUUAGUUUGUAAUUUUUAAGACUUAAUUCUAUAGCAUUUACA